GUUAAUGGCACAAGCAGUCUCAGCCCAAUAAAGCCCAAAUAAAUGAUCUAGGUUUAAUUCAGUGUCACAUAUAUAAUCUAACUUAUCCUCCCUCGUCGCCUUCCUGUCUCUCGACGUUCUUCCAGCCUAAGGUAAGAGUUUGAAGAAGUGCAUCACAGACCAAAGAGAAGAUGUCUGAGAAAAAAGGAAGGAAAGAGGAAGUGGUGACCAGAGAGUACACCAUCAACCUCCACAGACGCCUUCACAGCUGUACCUUUAAGAAGAAGGCACCAAAGGCCAUCAAGGAGAUAAGGAAGUUUGCAGAGAAAGCCAUGGGGACAAAGGACGUUAGAGUAGACGUUAAGUUGAACAAGCAGAUAUGGAGCAGAGGUAUCAGAGGACCUCCAAGGAGGAUUAGGGUCCGUGUUGCUCGCAAGAGAAACGACGAUGAAGACGCAAAGGAAGAGUUUUUCUCACUUGUCACCGUUGCUGAGAUCCCUGCCGAAGGACUCAGUGGACUUGGCACAAAGGUCAUUGACGAGGAGGAUUGAAGAGUUGGACUAGUCUGUCACUUGGACAAGUUUUGGGGCUUUCUUUUUCAAGUUCUUGUUGUUUUCUUUCAAAGUGUCUCUGUGUUUUUUUUUGUAGUGUUACUUGAAUUGUCUGAUGCAGUUUUUAUUGGAAAGACUCGUUUUCUUCUCCAAAGACCUAAAUAUGAAUCUGUUUUAUUGUUCUUAUCA